AUGUCCUUUCUCUUGCUGUGCUGGGGGCUGCUGGCCAUCCGCACGAUCUCACUCAUAGCGGGCACCUACAAUCCCCUCAGGGCGAACUCCGAGGACAGGCUGGGCGAGAUUGUGCGCCGCACGACCAGCUUCGACAGCGUGUGCUUGGUCGGGGCCAAGGUCAAGGCCACGGUAGGCUGGAAGGCUGAUGGGCACUAUGUGGUACCUCCAGAGUUCUCCACGAAGGCCCACUAUGCUGGCAUUGCUGUCGCCGAGGUCCUCGGCGCCCACGAUCUUUGUGCGGCAAACUGCGCGCGGGAGCGCGUGCCGACGUUCUUCUCGAACAAUGACGGCAGCGGCACCAUAGACUUGCGCGGAGAGCGCCGAGCCGAGUUCACGGCUGCCUUGCACGCGCGCGUCGAGCAGGAGACUAAUUUGCUUCAUGGACUGCUCGCUCGCCCGACGGCUGAUGAGUUCUUUGAGAAACUGAAUUCGCUGUUGAUUGAGGUGGGCCAGCAGAUGUUGAUGAACCCUUGGCUCAGCAGGUUCAAGAUCGGCUGCGACACGUCUCUCGUCUUUACCGUGUGUUUCGACGACGGGGGGCUGAGGCACGGAGAUAAGCUCUUUUGGAGCACUGGCGUCUUGCCGAAGCUACAUGUCUUGCUCGCCGCGCUGCGGGCAUGUCUGCGCAUCCUGUGCCAGAUUGGCGUGCUUGGCGCGCUCAGUGGAUUGCCCGUGUUCCUGGGCCCACGACUCUUCUUGAUGAACACUAUGUUGCUGCUAGGGUCUGCGUCUGUUCCCGUGGACGUGCUAGAGAGCCAGGCGUUCUGGCCGAUCUCCAGGUUCACCUACGCACUCAUCUUGUGCCGUGUCCGCUUCCACCUUCCUGAGAGCGAUGGAGUCGACGCCCAGCUGGAUACGGCUCGCCUUCUCGAGCAAGCAGUCGGGGAAGGCAAGGGCAACGGAGGCACGUUGAAGGCCCUCGUCGCGAUCCUCGCGCGCCUGGCCCUCAGCAACGCCGCCGAGCUUCGAGAGAUCUGUGGAGUGGUAUUCGUCACCUUUCUCGUGUCGCCCGAGGCCGCCGUGAUCGUCGCCGCAGUAGCGGUGUGGGUGGCGAUGCUCCGUGCAAUCGGCGCCGACGAACGGUGCCUGCAAGACGCCGAGGCCGCGAUCUCGGCCUACUGGAGCUCCUUCAUCGUGACCAACGAGCUCGAGGCAGUGGCGGCCAGCGCCCGUGCCUGCCGUAUCAGGCCGACCCGCAAACAGGAGGGCAAGCAGUCGUUGCACCGCGUGACUUUCGCCGUCGACUCGUCCCAGGCUGCGCUCGAGCCCGCGCUCAUCAAGUACUUUCUGAGGAUCGGGGGCAUUUGCAAGUAUGGCGCUGCCCCGAAAAGGGCCCUCGAGAGGGACGCUCAGAAGUUGCUCGACAGGAUACCGUUCGCCCUGAGCUCUCCCGAGGCCCUUCGGGUGAACACCCUGGGCAGUGAACUCUUUGCCCUAAGGGGGAGUGCGCUCGACGAGGGCAGAAUCAUUGUCUCCAAGGUCGCGGCCGAGCGACACGGCCGGGGGUACCCCGGGGCCGCGCAGCAGCAGCAGCAGGCGCAGCCCUUCCCGUUCUACGCGCAGCAGCAGCAGCAGCAGCAGCAGGCCGCGGCCGCCGGGCCGGUGCAGCCCCCGACGCUGGUGGUGCCCGUGGGGCCCGGCGCCGCCUACUCCGGCCGGGGGCAGGGCCCGCUGUCGCCCGCGCAGCAGGAGGUCAGCGCGGACGGGCCUGCCGCGAGCCUGGCGCCGGCAACCGUGGUCCCGCCGCCGGAGGAGACGCCCACCACGGCGGUGCGAAGGGCACGAAGUCCAAGAAGGGCAAGCAGGGCAAGUCGAGCAGGGAGCGCCCCAAGAGGACCUGCUGCUGAGCCGGCCCUUCCCUCCCCCACCCCGCCCCCCCCGCGGGCGGCGGGCCGGGAGCGCCCCUCGACAGGAGCGGAGGGCGGGGGGAGGGGAGAGGAGGGGUGCGCUGCACGAUGGCGGGGCUGGCCAGUGAGCGUUGCGCGGCCGGGGGAAGUCCCGCCGCUGCCACGGCCCCUCUCCUCGGGCUAAUUCGCGCGCGUGGCGCGCCCUAUCGGAGCAGCUCAACUUCACCUGGGAUGAGCCCUCCACUCGUUGCUCGUGCAGCCUCCCGCACAGUCCCCGCCUCCGCAGCCUCCACUCGCUGCUCGUGCAAGCGCGGCUGCGGCUGGCAGAAUCGUCCAGUCGCCGCAUUGCGUAGAUUCCGGAGGUGGACAGACCUCCAUAACCUGACGCGUCGAUCGAGGAAUUGGCCGCUUUCGGUUCGCGAGCGGGCGUCGCGGCCGUCAUUUUUUUGCGGGUCCAGGUCCGUCGGUGUCGGUCCCAGGCCGUUUUCAUGAAGGGGGGGCUUCUGAAAGGGAGGCUUGUCCACCGCCGAAGAUUCCAGAAUUCGCCCCACGCACCACCUUGGAGGUGUUGCACCGGGCCUCGGCCGAUGCAGGCGUCUCCGUCGCCUGCCCGAGAGGAUCAAUGCAGAGCUGGGCGAAACGCUGGCGCGGCCGGCCCGCCCCCCUCCCCUUUGCUCUCGGCCGGACGCCCCUCCGCCUGCAGCGAGCCGUCCUGCUGGAAUCGCAUGCUCAGGGGGCUGGGCGUGCUGAUCCUGCGGGCACGCCGUGUCACGCUGACAAGCUGCUGGGCGAC